CGCGCGUCACCCAGGCUGGCGCUCGCCUCCGGCCCCCUUGAACUGGAGCCGAGGAGGAGCCGAAAAUGCAGAUUUAGCAUCAACACCGGCAUCCAGCCACUCGCUCUCGCUGUCGCUCUCCAGUGCACACAGCUUCCAGUCGCGCCCUGCGAGCCGCGCCGCGGGGCUGCUCGGCUUCCCCGCCAGCCAGAUGCAGACGGCGGACGCACUCUGAUCGGCUGCCUCCCAAACCCCCGCUCAGUCCCUCUCCCCAUACAAAGAUUUAAAAAAAAAAAAAAAAAACCCAAAAACUCCAUACCUAUUUUUAAUUGGCCCCUUCCCUCCGGGUGCCCUGUCCAGCAGGCUGCGCGCCUCCAGCCCCACUUCUCACUCCGGAGAAGGAUGCAGCGGGGCUGUGGCUCGCGGUGGCCGGCGGCCGCCGGGCUCCUCUUCUGUGUCAUGGUUUCUGCAUCCUCCGAGAGACCCGUCUUCACCAAUCAUUUCCUCGUGGAGUUGCAUAAAGGGGGAGAGGAAGAGGCUCGCCAAGUUGCCGCGGAGCACGGCUUCGGAGUCCGAAAGCUCCCCUUCGCAGAAGGCCUUUACCACUUUUAUCACAAUGGCCUCGCAAAAGCUAAGAGAAGACGCAGCCUGCAGCAUAAGCAGCAGCUGGAGAGAGACCCCAGGGUAAAGAUGGCCUUGCAACAGGAAGGAUUUGACCGAAAGAAGAGAGGAUACAGAGACAUCAGUGAGAUUGACAUCAAUAUAAGCGAUCCUCUUUUUACAAAGCAAUGGUACCUGAUCAACACCGGGCAGGCUGAUGGCACACCUGGCCUUGACUUGAAUGUGGCAGAGGCCUGGGAGCUGGGAUACACUGGGAAAGGGGUGACCAUUGGGAUCAUGGAUGAUGGGAUUGACUAUCUCCACCCGGACCUGGCCUCCAGCUAUAAUGCCGAAGCCAGUUACGACUUCAGCAGCAAUGACCCCUACCCAUACCCCCGGUACACAGACGACUGGUUCAACAGCCACGGCACGAGGUGUGCAGGAGAAGUUUCAGCAUCUCCCAACAACAAUAUCUGCGGGGUCGGGGUGGCAUACAACUCCAAGGUCUCAGGUAUCCGCAUGCUGGACCAGCCCUUCAUGACCGACGUCAUCGAGGCCUCCUCCAUCAGCCACAUGCCCCAACUCAUCGAUAUCUACAGCGCCAGCUGGGGCCCCACAGACAAUGGCAAGACAGUGGACGGUCCCCGAGAGCUCACGCUGCAGGCCAUGGCCGACGGUGUGAACAAGGGCCGCGGGGGCAAGGGCAGCAUCUACGUGUGGGCCUCUGGGGACGGCGGCAGCUAUGAUGACUGCAACUGUGACGGCUACGCCUCGAGCAUGUGGACCAUCUCCAUCAACUCAGCCAUCAAUGACGGCAGGACAGCACUGUACGACGAGAGCUGCUCGUCCACCUUGGCAUCCACCUUCAGCAACGGGCGCAAGAAGAACCCUGAGGCGGGCGUGGCCACCACAGAUCUGUACGGGAACUGCACCCUGCGGCAUUCUGGGACAUCAGCAGCAGCUCCUGAGGCAGCUGGGGUGUUCGCACUGGCUUUGGAAGCCAACCUGGAGCUGACCUGGCGUGACAUGCAGCACCUGACGGUGCUCACCUCCAAACGGAACCAGCUUCACGACGAGGUCCACCAGUGGCGGCGCAAUGGGGUCGGCCUGGAGUUCAAUCAUCUCUUCGGCUAUGGGGUCCUGGAUGCCGGCGCCAUGGUGAAAAUGGCCAAGGACUGGAAGACCGUGCCGGAGAGGUUCCACUGUGUGGGAGGCACCGUGCAGGACCCCGAGAAGAUCCCGCCCUCAGGCAAGCUGGUGCUCACGCUUACCACGGAUGCGUGCGAGGGCCAGGAGAACUUUGUGCGCUACCUGGAGCACGUGCAGGCGGUCAUCACCGUCAACGCCACCAGGCGAGGAGACCUGAACAUCAACAUGACGUCGCCCAUGGGCACCAAGUCCAUUCUGCUGAGCCGGCGGCCACGGGACGACGACUCCAAGGUGGGCUUCGACAAGUGGCCUUUCAUGACCACCCACACGUGGGGGGAGGACGCCCGGGGGACCUGGACGCUGGAGCUGGGCUUCGUGGGCGGCUCGCCCCAGAAAGGGGUGCUCAAGGAGUGGACCCUCAUGCUGCAUGGCACACAGAGCGCCCCGUACAUCGACCAGGUGGUGCGGGAUUAUCAGUCCAAGCUGGCCAUGUCCAAGAAGCAGGAGCUGGAGGAGGAGUUGGACGAAGCCGUGGAGAGAAGUUUGAAGAGCAUCCUCGGCAAGAACUGAGCUGUGCCGCCUCCCUCCUCCGCCCUCAGCCCUGUGUCCACCGCCACCUCUUCCUCGCUGUGCCCUGCCAAGCACCCAGCAAUCACUGUCGCCCCGCCCCGGCGACUCUGUCUUCUCAAUCAGCAGCUUCACCCGCUGUCCAGAUUAUUUUCAUUAGAUGGAAGCAAUCUUCAUAAUUAUGAAGAAAGCCCCAAAGGCAGCGUUCCCACCGACAUCUUCGCCCCAUGUGUGUCUCUCCCUUCUGCAUUUUCUGUCAUUCCAAUGAGUGGUGUCCUGCGAGCAAAGCUGGGACAGCCCCCCUCCCUGACAUUUUUCACGACUGAGAGAAGGAUGCAUGAAAAAAGCCACAUUCAGGGAACUCCCAAGUCUAUGGUCUCCUCUGAGGAGUCACAAGGAAAUUAGAGCUAAUAGGGACAGCGCGUUCUGCAGCCUUUGCAGCGCAGGGAAGACUAUAAACCAUUCCCGCAAAGAUGGUUAGAAUUUAGAAAGAUUUGUCAGGGAUGGAGAUUAUGUCGACAUCACUAGAAAGAUGCCAUCUGUGGAGAGCCUUAAUCACUGAACUGGGGAAAGAGAUUCAAAAAGCAUGAGCUUUGGAAAUUUUUCCACCAGCGCCACCGUGGUAAUUCACCGAGUCAGCAGGCCGCUGAGGAGCACCUCAGUGGGGAGGCUGUCUGUUGCAAGCUGCUCGGAGUGACAGGAAAAUCUGCAGAUGCAGCCCAAGCCCCCCACUUUGGAGAGAGUCCACGCCCUCUGCAAACGUGGGAGGUCCUCCUAUAGCUGUCCAAAAGAAAAAAAUUAAGGCAGGCUGGUGACACAGCUGGGAUGAGUACUUUGCUAGUUUUUUAAAUAGAAAUGUUCCCUUUCCUAAGUCACUCUGGGAUUCUUGAUUUGAUGUCAGUGAGAGGUAAGAUGAGUAUUAUUUUUUUGACAGCUUUACACACAUCUAGUCAGGUUUUGAUCUCCCAAAAACAUCACUGGAGAGAAAUGCAGCCCCUUGCGGGAUGGUUUGAUUUCUGCGUGGGAGACGCAGCCUCUGUCCUGCAAGAGGCCAAAGGGUGAGCAGCAUCUUUGGAGACAGGACCUUCACCGUGCCAACAGGCGCACGCCCCAUCGCAUCACCCCCAGGAGCCAGGCGGAAGGAAGCAGGUGGCCCCCUCUAGGAAAGCACACAGUUGCCGUGUCGGCAACUCAGAAAUCCAUGAGAGCAUCUAACACGCAACCCCAUCGUUAAAGUUGCCAAUCCUGAAAUAUAACACUUCAUUACCAAAGAGUGGCCUGUGGCCACUUUGUUCCUUCCUGAGGGUUGGCCUCUCAUGCCCAGCCCCAGCGCCUAGCUGUUCUCACGAAAUUCUUUCUCAGCCACUCCCGGCCCUGACCUCCCACCCAGCCAAGAGUCCCCUCACUAAAGCCAGCAACACGGGGCCCUGCUCCGUCCCCUGACAGUGGCAACCCUGAGAAAGAAACCCAGAAACCUCACUGCUUUCUUUUCUCCCCCAUACUGGCAUGAAUUUCUGUCUUCUCCUACACCUUGUGACUUCCUCCGCAUCCUGCUUUGAAGUAUGAUACAACUUAUGAUUUUUUUAAAAGAAAUUUAUUACUUGUUGCAAAGGUCUUUUUAAACCAGUUUAGAUUUAAAGAAAAAAAAUUAAGGGAAAUCAUUGAAAAUUCAUUUCACAUUAAUGGUCUGAAAAUAAACCAAAGGACAUUAUGUGUGCACAUAUGUACAGGUGCACACAGAAAUAUAUAUACAUAUGUAGACUAUACACAUGUGUGUAUAUAUGUGUAUAUAUACACUUGUAUAAAUGUAUAUACACACAUAUACCUGAAAUGUGUGUGUGUAUUUAUUGAAGAAACAGAUACCAUAUUCAUCUCUAAAAGAAUAUUCAGAGAAUACCAAGAUGAUUCUGGCUAAAAGAAAAAGGUCGGUGGAAAUUCAGGUGAAAAUGUUCAAUUCCCAUUGUCACCUCUGUAAUUUUGCAGCUUUCUGUAUAAACAUUAAAUGUCUUAUAUAAGCAGCAAAAAUAUAAAAUAGUUGUCCAUAUUUUCAUAGCUGUGUUAUAAUUUAUGAAGUUAGAGAGUAACCAGCUUCUUAAUAGAAACAGCAAGUUUUGAUAUGAGUAUACAGUAUAUAAAAAUAUAUAUAGUCCUAUAUAUAAAUAUUUGGUCUCUACUUCAUUUUUUGCAGCAGUAUUAACACUAAACUAUGUCCAGCUGGUGAUGUUUUUAUGAUAUCCCUGAUCCUAAGACAAGAGACAGCUAUUUAUAGCCAUUUAUUUUAAAAAAUGAAAAUAAGUGAAUAAUGAUUAUUCAGGUUACAUUGCUAUUCCCUGUGACAAAAUUUUAUAAGUAAAUUUAAAAAGAUGUGUUGUAAAUUAGGAGGCACAACAAUAAAACAUAACCUUCCGGAAAUUA